GAGGACAGCACGCUACUCACCAUCGUGCAGAUAAUCCAGUAUACUCCUUUCUCAGCAUGCCUCCUCCCCACUAUGAUUUUCUCAUCAAGCUUCUCUUAAUCGGCGAUUCAGGUGUCGGAAAGUCAUGUCUCUUGCUGCGCUUCUGUGACGACGCCUGGACGCCUUCCUUCAUCACCACCAUCGGCAUCGACUUCAAGAUUCGGACAAUCGAGCUUGAUGGAAAGCGCAUAAAGCUGCAAAUCUGGGAUACUGCAGGUCAGGAACGGUUUAGAACAAUCACCACCGCUUACUACCGUGGCGCCAUGGGUAUCUUGCUUGUAUAUGAUGUUACCGACGAACGAUCAUUCAACAAUAUUCGUACCUGGCACGCAAAUAUAGAGCAACAUGCCUCGGAAGGCGUCAACAAGAUCCUUAUCGGUAACAAGUCUGACUGGACAGACAAACGAGCCGUCACUGAGGAACAAGGUCGGGAAUUGGCCGAGGAACUUGGCAUCAGGUUUAUGGAGACGUCAGCGAAGGUAAACGACGGCGUGGAAGAAGCUUUCUUUACUCUUGCCAGGGAUAUCAAAACUCGACUCAUUGACACACAGGCUGAUACUGCAGCUGCGGCCGGAGGUUCACCCAGUGCCGACGGGUCUGUGAAAGUGAAUCAACCGUCGACGCAGACGACGACAGGUUGCUGUUCGUAGAUGGUACCUCGCGUUCUGUACAUGUCAUGUAGACGAACGCCACUUGGCUGUUUUGAUAUUUUUUCUGCUUUCUGCUACUCACCUGCAGCCAUAUUGUACUAUUGUCCUGUACGUGCAUUGGCAAGACUACAUGGAUGAAUUCCAGUUCCCUCCCC